AUGCCGCUAUGUGUGCGUGUGCAAGAAUAUGCGGUUGAAUAUGUGGUCUCACCGUACUUGAAAAGGACUAUAGUAUUAGGCUUGGAACUUAUGGACAGUCUUGUUUUCACCGAAUUUUUUAGGUGUCUAACGGGCGAACGAAAUAUCCUAGGACAACGAUUCUUUUAUCAGAUUGUGUCUAGCAGGCGAAUAAAUUGUCCUAGGACAACGAUUCCUUCAUCAGAUUAUAAGUGUAUAGCAGGCGAACAAAUUGUCCUAGGACAACGAUUCUUUCAUCAGAUUGUGUCUAACAGGCGAACAAAUUGUCGUAGGACAACGAUUCAUUCAUUCAUCAGAUUGUGUCUAGCAAGCGAACUAUUUGUCCUAGGGCAACGAUUCAUUCAUCAGAUUGUGUCUAGCAGGCGAACAAAUUGUCGUAGGACAACGAUUAUUCAAUCAGACUGUGUCUAGCAGACGAACAAAUUGUCGUAGGACAAUGAUUCUAUCAUCAGAUUGUGUCUAGCAGGCGAACAAAUUGUGUUAGGACAUUGAUUCUGCUAUCAGAUUGUAAGUAUUGAAAUUGUUUGUCAUUUACAUAAAUAAUUUACAUGGUUCAUACAAUGAAAAGUGAAAUGAAAUUCAUUCACAAUGAAAAUUAAAUUAAAAUACAAUGGUGGUAGUACGAGAGGGUGAGUAUAAAAAGCUAAGUAAAGUUAAGUAAACACUUACUGUACGCAAUGGUUUAGUAAUAUAUCGUUUUUACAGCGAUAUUGUGAGGGUAUAGCGUGCAGUAAGUGUUUACUUAACUUUACUUUGAAUUAAAUUAGUUGUUUCAAAUAUUAGCAGACGCGUUGCAGAUUUCUUGGUAAUUUAUUUCUAGUUUGUCGUUCUAAAACUAGAGGGCGAUACUAGCGGCUAUCUAUUAUGUUUUGUUACGCCACAACGGUCAGAUGGCGCUGCCAUCGAUUUGGUUUAAAAUCAUGCUUAAUUUUGGUUUAGUUUUUGGUGCACAGAAUUGCGGUGGGCACGUCACUUUUAUGCAUAACUUUUAAGUAUAACAAAACGAAAAAUAACAAAAAUUCUAUUUUUGCGCUUUAAUUUUCGGU